AUGGACCUGGACCUGGCGCUGGCGACACCCACAAAUGCGCAAACGCAGUCAGUUGGUUCCCCCAAUGAGUCCAAUUUCAACUAUACAACAGAAGGUAAAGCUACAAUUUUAACACCCAAAAAAGAUGAAGUUUUCUAUAAUCCAAUCCAGCAGUUCAACAGAGACAUAUCGACAAUGUCCAUUAUAGCCUACGAUCAAAUGCGUAUAGAAGCGAUUAAUUCGAAAGAAAAAUCUGCCUCGUAUAAGAAACGCAAAUUACAAGGAUUGACCAUUCUUGAGUCUCUUGCGGCUUCGGGUCUUCGCUCUUGUCGAUAUGGGUUGGAGAUUCCCCGCGUGCACAAAAUAGUAGCCAAUGACAUGUCUGCCGAAGCAGUAACAUCUAUCGAGCGUAACAUUGAGCACAAUAGUUUAUCAGGUAAAGUUGUUGCUAAUCAUGGUGACGCGAUCAAAUUUAUGGCUUCGACGGGACAAAAAUUUCACAUUAUUGAUUUGGAUCCGUAUGGUACAGCAUCGCCGUUUAUUGAUUCUGCAUUACAAUGUGUGGAAGAUGAUGGAAUGUUGCUUGUAACGUGUACAGAUGCUGCUGUUCUUGCAGGGAGCGGAUACCCUGAAAAGUGCUUUGCACUUUACGGCGGGAAUAAUUUUGGAAAUUCAUAUAUUAAUAGCGAGUCGAACCAUGAAGUAGGAAUCAGGCUUAUGCUUUCGUCGAUUGCCGCAACAGCUGCAAAGUAUAAAAAGGCUAUUGAACCGAUGUUGAGUUUGAGUAUUGAUUACUAUUUCCGUGUUUGGGUGCGUGUUAAGAAUUCUCCGAUUAAAGUGAAAAACUUGGCUUCUGAAACAAUGAUGGCUUAUGGAUGUCAUGGAUGCGGGAACAAACAUGUCCAGCCAUUUGGUCUCAAAAAAGACGGUAAAUUUAUUUAUCCCAAAUUGGCAUCUGGUCUCAACGACCAUUGUAGGUAUUGUGAUGGGACGUACACCGUUGCCGGCCCAAUGUAUGCGGGCCCUUUACAUAACGUUGACUUUAUUGAUCGAAUACUUGAUAUCAAUCACAAAGCUGACAAGGAUGUCUAUGGAACCACAGAGAGGAUCAAGGGUAUGCUCACAUUAGCUAAAAGUGAACUUCCUGAUGUUCCAUUUUUUGAAAACUUGAACAAAGUCGGUGCUCUUUUCAAAUCGGCGCCAAUAUCUAUUGACGAAUAUGCCAGAGCCGUGGGUAAUUUGGGAUACGAUGUCAGUCUAACCCAUGCAAAGAAGAAUUGUAUCAAGAGUAAUAUUCCUUGGAACCUCAAUUUGGAAAUAUUCAAGCAAUGGAAUAAAAAGCAGAAUGAGGCAUAUCUUGAGACUAUGGAGAAAAGAGUUGAAGAAGGCAAGGAGCUUUCCGAGAAACUCCAAGUCAAGGUUGACAAAUUGAAACAGGAUAUAUACUAUAGUCCAAACUUGAAUGACAAGUCUCCGGGCGCCAAUAUCUUGAAAAACGAUUUGGUAGGAAACAAACUGGAUGGAGUUGAGGCGGUGGUGAUUGAUUUUGAUACUGAAAACGAAGCUAGUAAGAAAGUAGCAAAGUUGAGAAGAGUUAAAAUGGUUAGGUUUCAAGAAAACCCAACCAAGAAUUGGGGACCCAUGGCAAGAGCAAAGUAG